CUCGACUCGACCUUCAGCAGCGUGGAAGCUCUUUAAGCGAGCAUUGCAUGCGAAAACUUACUUAGUAGUACUUACUCAGUUUUGAAGUCAACUUUGUUAGGGACGGGCACGAGUUUUUACCGGCGUAAUAACACGUUAUACACUUGUGUCAUCGUGUAUUGAAUCGUUUGUGUAUGUGUGCGUCACAGUAUGUCCAAGAAAAUCUCAUACUAAGUCAUUGGCGUUACAAAUUGAUUAACCAAGUGACACUGGCUAUUUAAAUUUGAUUUCUCUAAUUGUCAUAUAAUUGCUUUAUCUCGCGCGCUAAAUAUCUUGCAGACAUUACUGGCCUGAAACUAUGCUAAGAGCCACUGCAGCCAGCUAAUUGAAUUAACGCCCUCGCGCGAUUGUCGAACUUCUCGUUGACAUUUUUAUUUAUUUAUGCGGUUAUACUUAUGUACAUAGCAGAGCUUUCAUUCAACGGUAUUGUACACAUUCGGUUGUAUGUGCUUAUAAAAUACAUAAACAUGUGUUAAUGUUUACCGUAAUACGGCGAGUGUAAGAGGGUGCAUAACUAUUUACUGUGAUACAGAAGACGCAAGCUGCACGAUCUAUUGCCAAUAAUAUGAAGAUCAUUAACACGUUUUCAAAUUAAUAUUGCAAAAGAGCAAAGCGUUUCGAUAAUUUAGCACCUGUUUCGCUAACGAUAAUGUUACACAUGCGUAUGCUUAUAUUAUAUAUGGUACAUAUAAGAUUUAUCGCGCUAAAAAUAUCUUCCAAACAAAAUGAGUACCGACGUGACUCUAAAUCACUUGACAUAUUGCUCGUUUGAGAAAGUUGCGGAGAAGUGUUGUGAAUCAAUUUAUGUAUUUUUUUGUAUUGUUUAACAGAAGCACUCACAUAAAGUAACGAGACGUAAUAGUAUACAGUGAUUAGAAAAUAUGUACGAUUGAAUUACAUGAAUUACAAGAAAAAACAAACUAUUUUUUGUCAAUUAUUGCUGAGAACACAUAAUAAUCGGAACAAACAUCAAGGGAUAUUCAAACUGAAUUAGACCCAAUAAACGGUCGAAGGCRUACAAGAUGAUGACCAUGAAUGAAUUUGUGGACCUGCGAAUGCAGCAGCAAAUCGCACAUGAAAUCUAUCGCCAGCAAAUUAUGCAACGUAUUCCAGAUCCUUUCCCGCCUAUGCUACCCAUACCGUUACCUGGACACGUGAUAAUGCCACCCAGAAUCUCUCUACCAGACGCAGAGGUAAAAUUACAAAACGAUCAGCUGUGGAAACAGUUUCAUCAAAUUGGCACYGAAAUGAUAAUAACAAAAAGUGGCAGACGAAUGUUUCCUUCUAUGCGUCUUUCGCUUUCCGGCCUGGAAGAUGAAUCUAAUUACUGUGUUUUGUUGGAAAUGGUACCAGUAGGUGAUUGCCGUUAUAAAUUCUCCGGUUCGCAGUGGAUGCCUGCCGGCGGUGCGGAACCACAAAGUCCACAAAGAAUGUAUUUGCAUCCGGAUAGCCCAGCGUCUGGGGCCCAUUGGCAGGCGCAACCUAUCCUAUUUAAUAAGGUUAAGCUGACCAAUAACACACUGGAUAGUAAUGGACACAUUGUUUUAGCCAGCAUGCAUAAGUAUCAACCACGAAUUCACGUGAUACGGACUGCAGAUCUAACGCAAAUACCGUGGGCGCCUCAGCAAGCCUUCAUAUUCCCGGAAACGGAGUUUGUUGCCGUAACAGCUUAUCAGAAUGAUCGCAUCACUAAAUUGAAGAUAGACAAUAAUCCGUUCGCGAAGGGCUUUCGCGAAACUGGCCAAUCUCGAAGUAAACGUAAAAUGUCUUCAUCGCCAUCCGAUGAGGAUUCCGAGCAACUGCAACCACAACAACCAGCUGGGCGCCAAUACGGSAUAAGACCAAUACAAACGCAACCGCAAACACAUUCCCACAGUCAGCGCAACAUUGUGUCGCCAACCAUUUCAGCCUUGCCGCUGACCAGCGAGUCGGGAUCAUCAAUUUGUUCAGAUAAGACGACVAUUCCGAACAACGGCGAAAAUGACUUCGUGGACGUUGACAAUGUUGCGGAUGCCGACAUCGAUGGUGGCGGGCCACAAGUAAAGCGCUUGAGAUCAAAUAAGUUGGCCGAUUCGAUAGCAUCGACAGCGCUCGAAGAGAUGAUCAUUAAUGCRCAUGCGAAUAGUGAGCGUGAACCUUUUUCUGUCGUUACUGAGGAGGCCAGUUCACAACAAGCAUUACCCACACAACUACCGGAUAACASUGUCGUGUCUGCUUUCGACAAUGGUGGUCAAUCGUCAUUUAUUUUCCAUCAUUUGCARCAAAACAUGCAAACAAUGCUCCGACCUUCAUUGGUCGACUUAGCUUACACCUACUUUGGCCGAUCUCAGCCCAUUUACGUUCAACAUAUGCACCCACCUCAUACAACUAUCGGCGAUCAAACCCUUUCCAUGCCGAUGCCAUCAGUAGCCGAAGGCUCACAACUGGAGCGUAUCGAUUCAUUGAUACCUAUUGGUGCUAGCGAAGUGCUAUGUCGCUCGCUAGUGCCCGACGAUGAGCACGUCCUUGCGACAACCGUUAACAAUGACGAAGUUAAAAAGAAUGCUACUUUGAUAUCGAAUGAUACACAGAUACUGCAGUUGGAGAGCUUAAUGGGUCAUUCGCGACCAAAAAGAAAAGGUUUCAGCAUUUCGGCUAUUUUGGAAGGCAGCAGCUAGCAYGUACAAACAUAUUCACAAAACAAAAGCACACCACGUAGUUGCUGGAAUAUUCAAAAYUCACGUAUGUAACGGUGUAAUUGCACAUGUUGCUACAAUACAACAAAUGUACAUAUGU